GAAGUUUUUAAUGUUUGGUGUUUUACUGUGUUUGAUGUUUUAAUUUGUUGAAAGCCGCCCAAAGUGGCUGGGGCAACCCAGUCAGAUGGGCAGCAUAUAAAUUAUUUUGUUGUUGUUGUUGUUGUCGUCAUCUAUUGACUUAGAGCAUUUUAACCCCUCUUUUCAGUUUUAAAAAGGCUCCCAAUGCAGCUUUCAUGAGAAAAAUAACAAGACAGUCCCUGCUGACAGAAUUAGGUCUCUCUUUCUCUCCAUCCCACCCACAGUUUUUUGCGAUGGGAAUCAGUCACAGAAAUUGCGUCAAAAUUAUGCAGAUAUGUCAGGUUUACACCAUCUAGUCCCAUCACAGAACGUUGGCAGCAAAAGCUUAUUAAUUUGUUUAGUAAAAUUUACAUACCACUUGAUUGUUAAAAACAACAACCUCAAAGCAGUUUACAAAGAGAAUAAAACAAUAAAAUGAUCACUUUAAAAACCCCUCUUUAAAACACUGAAAAGAUAAAAUCAGCAAUAAUCAAAUGUUUUGACAACAAUAAUGUCUUGAUCAGCAGAUCAAAACAUAUAUCAAUCUUGAGCUGUUUCCUUCUAGGAAUGAAGUCAGGGCUCCCUACCUAGCAACUGGGUCCCACAUACAGAGAAAGGGCAAGUCACAUUUUCCACCUCCACCCCACAAAUUUAGCCCUAACAGCUGCCUCUGGAUGGGCUGUGGCUGAAUGUUGCCAUCUGUAGGCGGCCUGUAUGGCCGGCGUUCAAAAAUGAAGAACCGCUGACUAAUAUCCAAAAACCUCAAAGCAAUUGGGAAUCAUAAGCUCCCAAGGCUUAGAGCAUCUAUUCCAGGAUGACCACUUGGAUUCCCACCAGAAUGACUAACAUAGCUAGUCUGAGGCAUUCUGUGAGAAUUGGUCUCUUCUGUGGCUAGAAUAAUAAUUUGGAAUUUGGACACAGCUUUAGGAUGUGGUGCAUUGUGGGAAACUCUCUGGAGCUUCAGCCUCCCCCCACAAAAAAAGGCACAUUGGCUUGUUUACUAAGAUCUUCUGCAUGAGGAGUGGGCCCAUGGAAGGUGCCAGAAGCCGGCAUGAGGGCUGUGUUGACAUUUUGUCUGAAUUCCCCCAGAAUAAAGGCAAGCUUGUUUGAGGAGGGUGUUCUGUUUGCCAAGCAGAACAAUGAGAAUCUGUUUCUGCUUUCUUUCUUUCGUUUUAAUGUAUUCUUGGGGUGGGGUAAACAAAACAGAAAAAUGUGCAAACUGUUGACGGGACCUCACAUCCAAAGGAGAGAAAGAGAGGGAGCAGGAAAGGAUACAGAAGAAGGAUGAGGGGAAAUCAGACGUUGUCAUCCUAAGUGGGGCACCACUAUCAUCAUCCUUGGCCAACCUCUCCACCGCCACCAUAAGGAUGUCUUCAUGAGGUCCAACUGGCAUUGACGUGGUCACCUGUGUCCCUCCUGAGAGAUGGAAUGCUUCUCAUCCAGAGAACCUGUCUUGGUGACAUUGGCAGAGAUGGACUUCCAUUCUUCUCUAUGAUCUGUGCGGUGGGGAUGGGGGAUGUUGACCAUGAGGCUGGAUUAAGAGGAACAGCAGCUCAUCGCUCCAUGGAGAUGAGUCCCUGGAUUGGUUUUGUACUCUCAUGAGAAGCUACAGGUUCGGUGUCUCCUGACAGCUUCCGUUGCAAUCUCAUCAAAGUGGCUGGACGAUUUACCUGUCUUUCUAGAGAGGUAUGGUAACGGAUGGCAAGGCCCUCCUCUGCUUUUGAAGUAUGCACCAGAUCCUGAUCUUGGCUUCCUUAUGUCUCUCCUCUCUUCCGGAAAUCCCCGCUAUUUACCAAAAGCCAACUGGAAAUCCAGCAACACCAGCACCCCUCCAAUACCUGCUGCAGCCAAUGACCAAGCUAGUGCACACUCAGAGAGGAGCCACCGUCACCCUGCCCUGCAUCCUGAGGACGCUACCCCAAAACUACAAGGUCAGGUGGAGCAAAGUGGAGCCGGCCGAAUAUAUGGAGGUUGUCAUCCUGAUCACCAACGGGGUGCACCACAAAACCUACGGCCCGCUGGGCAGCCGGGCCCGCCUGAGGCGCAGCCACCGCUAUGAUGCCUCGCUGACCAUCUCUGACGUGGCACUGGAUGAUGAGGGGCGCUACCGCUGCCAGCUGAUCAACGGCCUGGAGGAUGAGAGCAUAUCUCUGGUCCUGCAGUUAGAUGGAAUUGUCUUCCCCUACCAGACCAGCCAAGGGCGCUACAAAUUCAACUAUUUUGAGGCCAAAAAAGCUUGUCAAGAGCAGGACUCCCGCCUGGCAAGCUAUGGACAACUUUAUAAAGCUUGGACAGAAGGGCUGGACUGGUGCAACGCAGGAUGGGUCAUGGAAGGAACAGUCCAUUACCCCAUCAUUAACUCCCGCGAGCCCUGUGGGGGACGUCUUCUUCUCCCAGGGGUUCGAAGUUAUGGCGCCAGGGACAAGCUGAAAGAUCGGUUUGAUGCCUUCUGUUUCAGUUCGGCUGUGAAAGGCCGGGUCUAUUUCAUCCGGGGCCACAUGAAUUUCAAGGAAGCCACUCAAGCCUGCCGCAACGACAGGGCUGCCAUCGCCAAAGUUGGGCAGCUGUACGCUGCGUGGAAAUUCUCCCAGCUGGACCGCUGUGACGGAGGCUGGCUUGAUGACGGCAGUGUGCGCUUUCCGAUCAACAUUCCCCGUGCCCACUGCGGGGGACUCACAAAUCCCAGCGUCCACAGCUUUGGAUUUCCCAGCAAGUUACGAAAGAAAUAUGGAGUCUACUGCUUCUCAGUGAAGUAGAGAGGAUGAGAGAGACAGAGAAGUUUAGAUGCCAGCUAGGCCCAAAGAGGACCACACAAAAUGACACAUAUACAACCCUUUUGCAAAAGAUCUCUUGGAAGGUGUUGGCAUGACAUCGCACAGGGGCUUUUCCUCACCAUGACUUUUCCAUGAUCCCUAUCUUAAUCUAAGGGUGGAGUUCAUAGGUCACAGGCUUUGGAAUCACACAAACUGCCUUUGUGUAUUCAAGUGUAGGUAUUUUUGGAGCCUUGUUCUGACUUUUUCUUCUUGAAUUUGUACAACCUCUACAUUUUUCCUAGGUUUGGAGAGAGAUGUCCCACCCACUACUGACACUUGGGGUCUAUGUCUCUCUCUCUCUGUGCCUGUUUACAUGCACACUCAGAACUAGUUUGUUCUCAGUGUGCGGGAUCCCAUUAUCUUGCCCCAAUUAAUGCAAUACUUGACUGCUUUUAGUAAUAAAGUGAAUACCUCCUAAACAGGCACUAACUUUACAACAAAUGUCCUGUUAAUAUGGACAUUUGCUUGCAAACCCAACCAUUGCUUCACUACCUUAUUAAGUAUUCUUUUUAAAAAUAUCUAAACCUGGAAUCUUGAUUUUUAUUCUCCCUGACUUCAUACAACCUCCAGUUUUGAAGAAAGGUAUCCUGCCCACCUCAGUCACCUACUGACACUUGGGCCCAUCUAGAAUUAUUUGGAGGAACUCAUGACUGGUUAAAGUGAUAUUGUAGUUCUUUAAAUUAUCAGAGAUCAAGGACACUUCCUAGAGGAGUCUGGGGCUGAUUGGAAUUGGGAGUCUAAGCAGCUGGGGCUGAUGGAAAUUGUUUGUGAACACAGGAUUUUAUUUGAGAUCUGGGAACAGAAACAAGAUGUGGAUCGAGUGUGAAAUCUGGAAAACGGUGGGGCAGCCAGGAGUUAUGGGGAAGGAAUCAGGAGCCAGGUGAUCCAUUCCAAAAAGCAGGAGGCAAAUUUCGACUUCUGUAAAGAGAAGAGGUCUGCUGCAUAAAAUUCCAUCAGGAGCACAGGAAACAAUGCACCAUUCUAGACAUGGAUGCAGGGAAAGCUAGAAGGAGCAGAGGGCAGUUUGUCUGGCAACAAGUCUUGGACUUCUGUCUGUGUGGCUGUUUUCCCGCCUUCACCACACUUACCUUUUGCCUUGCUCUUUCAAGGCACAGGUCCAUGCUUUAAAGCUCUGUGUCUGAGGGCUCUUUUUCCCUCUCUAGAGCUUUCCAUGCAAAAACUGCUCUUUAGUGCUCAAUUGGAGCAAACAGCAAUUUAGGGUGUCUGUGGAUUGCCAUUUGCUCUGAUUCAGCUUUAAAGAGCAGGUUUUUGCAGGGAAAGCUCCGGAGAAAAAAUGGUGCUCAGACACAGUGCUUUUAAGAGUGGACCGUGCCUGGAAAGAGCGGAGGAAAUAUGUGUGGAUAAGAAGUGUGAGUCUUUGGCAAAUGCUGGAUGCCCACAUUUUCGAAUCAGCAUGAAAUCUCAGUGACAUCUCCCCAUCCAGAGACCACUUUUUUAGUGUUCAACACCAAAGAUGAAAAAGUUUGACAAACAUCCAUUCAUUUUUUUAAAAAAAGUCUUGCUUAGGCAAAUUGUAUAGGGUGAAACCUAAAGGAGGAAGGAAUCCCCUCCCGCAACAGCCAAGUGGAGACUGAGCAUGCUCAAUAGGCAUGGCAUGUUGACUGCCUGUUGUGUGUAUAUAGGAGGAAUGGAAAAUCGGGUUGGGAUGCUGGGAAAUGGAAUGGAGUACCCUAAAAAAAAGCUGGCUGGUUGAAACCUGGAACAGGAACACACCAUGCAAGUUUCUGUUGCAGGUCCUGCUUGUUAGCUACAGUAGCCAAUUGGCCUUCCAUAUUCAGAGGCAUUAUACACUUCUGAAUAGCAGGUGCUAAGACAGAAACAACAGAGGGAUGUUGUUUUUGCAUUCUGCUUUUAUGCUUCUCAAAGGUAUCUGGCUGUUGGAGGAAGGGUAUGAUCUAAGUCAAUCUCAAAAUAACACAAUGUAAGGAGGCUCUUAACUGUCAUAUUAGUUCUAGAAGAUGGCUUAGAAUAACAUUUGCCAAUCUGGUACCCUCCAAACUGGAUUACAAUGUGCUGACUGGAUGGAAGUUGUAGUCCAACAACAUCUGGAGGACACUAGGUUGAUGAAGACUGGUCCAGAGUGUUCCAUUCUGUGACUAAUCACACUUAGUGAUAUGUGCUUUCUUGCACAUGGAUGCAAAGGGACAUUUUAAUAAGUAAAUGUAAAUACAUAAAAUAUUCAGUUUCAUUGUGCAUGUGCAGAGUGCUUUGUACCCUCAAACUUGGGAUUUACUUCUAAAUAAACAUGCUGAGGAAGGAAUGAA